AUGUCUCUGCAUUGGCAACAAGGUGGCAACGAGGCCAUCACUGGGGCACCACAGGAUAUUGCCACACAGUCACAUGCAAAGGAAUCCUGUCGGCGGGCUCCUGUCACCCUGUGGAUGUGGUGGCAGGUCGUCACCACCCUCACGGUGGCUUGUCAUUUCUGUAGGUGCCCUUGGUUCGCCGCCUUGUAUAGCAGGCCAAGCUGUUUGGGCCUUGAGACUCAUGUGUGUAUGAGCCAGCUGCCCUGUAACGUCUUGGGAACACUACAGCAGGAGCACAAGCCUAGGGGAUUCACACACAAUACUCAGGCAGUCCUCAAUACCCCCGUUCAUCGCGGAUUCCUAAACAACCAAAACAAUUAG